UCCAUCCUUUCGCACCAUCAAAAAAAUACUUAUUCCUCUUUUAAUAUAAAUCUCUCUUUCACAUUUGAUCGAUCACAACAAUAUUCUAGCUUUCCCACUUCGAAAAGAGCAAAAGAUUAUAUCUAAUUUGCUUUUCUUCUUUUCCCUUGUUCUUUCAAAAAGCAAAAAAAGAUGAUUCAAGAGCUCUUUGCAGGAAAUACUACACUUAUAGGAGGAGGAGAUAAUAUUUCAAAGCAAUUCAAUACUACUCCUUCCUCAUCUCCUCUUUCUUGUACUACUACUUCUAACUCCAAUAUUACCCCUGCAGCAGCAACUGCAAGUCCAUCCUCGAACUCAGAAAAUAUUAGAUGCCCACGUUGUGAUUCUCCCAACACUAAGUUCUGUUACUACAACAACUACAACUUAACUCAGCCUCGUCAUUUCUGCAAGACUUGUCGUCGUUAUUGGACUAAAGGGGGUGCGUUACGUAACGUUCCUAUUGGUGGUGGCUGCAGAAAAAACAAGACCACUACUGGCCUCACCACAGCAAAAUCAAGUGCUGCAAAAUUGAAAAAUUCACUUCCGUUUGAGUUUAUUGGAAAAUCAGGCAUUUUUGGAGGGUUCGAACAGGAAAUAACACCUUCCAACAAUAACCCUUUUCUUUUUUCCUCACCUCAUCAAAAUCAUAAUCCUCUUAUUUCCUUACUUAGAGGAAAUCAUCAAAAUCUUAAUUUGCAAAAUUGUGGUGUUGUUAAGGAAGAACAGAAAUCAAUUGGAGUGAAUUCGUAUAAUCAGCUUCCUCCUAACGGAUUUUCCAGUUUGUGGAAAAAUAAUUAUGGGGAAAAUGGUACUAUAGUUGGUCAAGUUCAAAGUACAGGAUUUCAAGAACUAUAUCAAAGGCUUAAAGCGUCAACAAGUAGGUGCUACCCUGAUCAUGCACCAUCAUCAUCAAUGAUUUUGGAGUCGGCUCCAGUGGCUGGAGGAGAAUUGGGAUUUUGGAACCCUAGCUUUUCAUCAUGGUCUGAUUUGCCCACAGCAAGUGGUUCAUAUCUUUAAGGGACAAAAAAUUAAUUACUACUACUAGUUUUCUUAUUUUUAUUAGUACUACUUUAGGGUCAAGGUUUUCUAUAUUAAUGGGGCAUCUUCUGGUAUACUAGCAUAUAGUCUCGGGAUAAUUGGACAUGGUUGUGGGUUAGAUUUUUUUUCUUUUCCUUUGGUUGUUUUAUGUUUGCGUGUGAUGUGGCGUGUUUCAUCUCUGAGGAUCAAUGUACUAAAAUCCAAGAGCUAGCUUCUAGCACAUGCUGAUAUAAUUUAGCUUUGGGUUUUUUCCGUUUUC